ACCCUCAAAACCAUGGCAAAACUGCGAGUCAAGGCGGCGGUGAUCGGAGCUGGCAUGUCAGGUCUGGUUGCAGCCAGGGAGCUCCACCGAGAGGGGCACCAAGUGGUGGUGUUCGAGAGAGGCAAUGAAGUCGGCGGAACCUGGGGGUAUGACCCUCGGGUCGAAUCCGACCCACUGGGGUUGGAUCCGGGCCGCGAGGUCGUCCAUACCAGCAUGUACCGGUCGCUUCGGGUGAACCUUCCGAGGCAAACCAUGGGCUUCUCGGACUACCCGCUUCUCGAGAAGGGAUGUGGGGACCCCAGGACCUUCCCAGGUCAUGAGGAGGUGCUCCAGUUCUUGCGCAGCUUUGCGGAGGAUUCUGGGCUAGUUGAGCUGAUUCGGUUUGGGCACAAAGUGGUUCGGGUCGAGCGAGCAGUUGAGGGAAGACGAGACCAGUGGGCCGUGGAGUGGCGGACGGGCGGCGGGGAGGAGGCGGCGGGCGUGGAUGUUUUCGAGGCUGUGGUGGUUUGUAACGGCAAGUACACCCAACCAAAGAUUGCUGAAUUUCCAGGGAGAUCAACAUGGCCAGGAGAGCAGCUACACAGUCAUAAUUAUCGAGUUCCCGAGCCAUAUAAAGAUAAGAUUGUGUUGAUAAUAGGAAGAGGGGUUAGCGCAACCGACAUAGCCAAAGAUAUCUUACCUUUCGCCAGAGAAGUUCAUCAAGCCUCAAGGGAGACAACUCCCCAAGUUUUGGAAAUAACAAAGCCCGCUGGGGUCUUCCAACAUCCCAUGAUAGCACGCGCUCAAGAAGAUGGUGAAUUAGUGUUUCAAGAUGGAUCAUCUAUACAUACAGAUGUUAUCAUCCAUUGCACUGGAUAUAGAUUCCAUUUCCCAUUUCUGAAGACAAAGGGACUUGUGAGUGUGGUUGACAACCGAGUGGGGCCUUUAUAUAAACAUGUUUUCCCACCAAGCCUAGCUCCUCGCCUCUCUUUCAUUGGCAUACCCAUUCUGGCUUUUCCAGCACAACUCAGCGAGUUGCAGUCAAAGUGGGUGGCCAAGGUUUUAUCUGGAGAAUUGGUGUUGCCAAGUGAAGAAGAGAUGAUGUCUUCUGUUCAAGAACAUUACCAGCGCAUCGAAGAGCUUGGAUGGCCCAAGCAUUACACUCACAAGCUUGAAAUUGGAAAGUUUGAGUAUCAGAAGUGGCUUGUGGGUCAAUUGGGACUACCAUCCUUGGCAGAAUGGAUAGAGAAGACGGCUCUUAUUGCACUCGAAUUAUUCAAAUUGGUCCAAUCUUCUUAAGGAGGAAAUUGGAGAGACACUUGGGAUGUCGAGAAGGGGAUGCAAUAAGAAGGAUUUGGCAAGCAAAUUCCUCAGAAUUGAUUCCGACCAUCAAUCGAAACACUUGUAACCACUAGAAAGAGACAGGGGAGUCAAAAUAGAGUGACAAAGAGUUUGAUUUGGACGUGGGGCAUUUGUUGCCCGUUAUUUCUCAUCUAGCUAUACCUAAAUCUUAAAUUGCAUUGGUUGCGUUUCAUACGGAAAUGCAU